AUGUCUCAUCUUCUCAGGCGGCUCAAGCUAUCCCUCCUCCGAAGAAACCUCAUCACGAGUACUUGUUCUCGGUGCUUCUCCUCGUGUCCCCCAAUUUAUUAUGUGAGGGGUGGUGAAACAUGGGGAGCAGUAUCUAGCGAAAAAAUCUCGAUUCCUUCUCUUAAGGUGCCUAUGGAGUCACUGAAGGAGAUAGGAAUCAUAGGAGCAUCCCAUGGCUGGGUAGCAACUUUGAAAAACGGAGUGGAGAUAGACAAGGAAGGGAACGCUGUUUACACCAAAGACAUUGGACCUCUCUGCAUUUUUCUCUCCAAGUCUGAAGCUUUUUGUAUUCCAUCUAAAACCAACCUCAUAACCAGAGUCAGGAACAGCGUCUAUAUGUUGACAGAUCACGAGUUUGCCAUUGUCAAGAUCGACAGUAACCAGAAGUUUCCUUCAUCACCUUUCGGUUCCCGUUUACCUUACUAUAUUAUUUCAAAAGAAGACUAA